CUUAGAAUGUGAACAACAGAGCAGUGCUGAGCUGCGGCGAGACGCUAAAGCACAUUUAAAGAUAUAUAUCACAAAAAAUGGAUCCUUUGACGGAGGAUUUGACCAGGGCUGAUGUGGACGCUGAGAUGACAGUGUUGACGCCCGAUGAAUUCACUGAGCAAAUCCUUGAGGGCGGUGAUGAAGUGGAGCAUCUUCGUAACAGUUUACGUGAGGCCGUCCAUGACGACAACGUACGGCCAAAGAUGCAGUGCCUGAUGAUGGACUCCUCCUUCUCCAUGGUGACGAUGCAAGGGGAGGACAGUGGGAUCGCAUGGGAGACCACCCCUAGUCGCUGCAACACACCAUGGGCAUCUGAAACAGGAAACCCCACCGUGGAUCCCAUCGCUCCAGUUGCAGUACGUCCUGCAACACCUGGAUCUGUCCCAGCAGGAAAGAUUAUCUUUGUCAUGGACGAGGAACUGAUGUCAAGACGGAAGAAGACUAAAGAGAGGAGGAACGGCCAGAGGAGCAAAGCAGACAAGCAACGACAAGUCCUGGUGGAAAGUUCUGAGAAUAUUUCAGGAAGGCCAGAGCUGGUGGAAGUCUCACAGCCAAAUGUAAAAGCUGAAGGAGAAGGAGAUGAAGAGGAACUCAGUGACCCUCCGGAAGAUAAGGAGCAACGGCUGUUCCGCUUAGUGUCAGAGGGCUCCGAAAUCCUCAACAUAGUUGUUCCUCCAAAACUGGCUACGGUGGACGAAGAGGAGAGCAAAGAAAUGGAGGACAACCUUUCGUAUUUGGAGGACAGCCUUGUUCCUAAAGCCAGCGAAGACAUCCAUGAUUACGAGCUGCUGAUGUCAACAACAGAAUCAGAUGCGGCAAGAGCCAUAGAGGUCAGGCCUUUUACUUCUAUAGGCCCUAAUGUAAUGGAUCCACCAGGGGCUCCAGUGGCUAGACCUCCCGGUGUAGGAGCAACUGGCAAUUUGGACUACUUUGAGGCGUUCACCAUGAUUGACGCCCAGGCUCCAGGAAGUCCUGCUGUUGUCGCACAAGUACAGUCGGAGCAAGAGGCAGAGGGUACAACGGAGAGCCAGGAAGCAGAGAAACCUGUGCCACCAAAUGACAACACUACUACAAUGACAACAGCAACUGUGGAUAAUGAGAAGUCAGACACAAUCAGCCUUGAGGAAAUCACAAGUGAGCUUCUUGAUGAUGUCUUCUACGGUGGCACAGAGGACUACGUCAUGAAAGGUCUGAACAGAGACGACGCGGGCUCUGCAGGCAUGCGCUCCAGGCACCCUUCAAAACCGAGCGGUUCCAAUUUGUUUGGAAGCCAAGAGGAAAUCCUGACUCCAAUCUUCCUUCCAGAGGGACCUCGUAAGAUUAUCGACCAAAUUUUGCUGGAAGAGCCCAAAGCCAUGGCCUUCCUCUACACUGAUCUAUACGAGGAAGCUAUUGGCAGUCGAAAGAAAGAAGAAGACACAGAGAGUAUGACCUCUGAGAAAUCCUUUCACAGCCGGCACUCAGACCGGGAGGCGAGAGGAUAUUUAGAGAAAUAUGUCCUUAUCGAUGAGACUCCAGCAGUAGAAGUGGAACCAGCUGAUAAAGAAGAAUGCAGACAGGAAGGUCCUAGGACUUUGUCUGAUGAUGUGUAUGAUACUGGCGAUAUGACAUCCAAGCCAGAAAAGGGUGAAAUAUCAAAUUCAGAGGAGGAAAUCACCGAUUUCUUCAGGUCCAGUGCCAAUUCUUCUCCAUGUGAUAUAGAGCCUUUCCCUCGAUCACUCGAAGAGGAAGAAACCGAACCAGUCAAAAGAAAGAGCAAAGAAAAGACGACCAAGAGUGUCGCCAUCAAGGUUGAAAAAGUUGCAGAAAUCCCAGUAGAUCCACUCAGCAUUUCAAGCUUUGACUUUCCUUCAGAUGAACCGGACUGGGAAAGCCUGGAUGAUCAUCAUACAGGUCUGGAAGAGAAAGAUGUUACAGAGCAGGACGUGUGGAAACCAGAUUCAGAAGAGCAGCCAGUUGCUCCUCCCAGGAGAAGGGCACCUUCUGCUCCAAAGACAUGUCUGGACCUCACACCUCUUACUCCAGUAGACAUUAUUCAGGAAAGAGAAGAAGCUGGUGAAAAGGAGCAGAGGGUGGAAGAGAAAGAGACAGCAUCACCGGCAGAGACUGCAGAUGAGGGAGAUGGGGAUGCGGAGGAAACAACACCGCCCUCCAAUAAUGCCGCUCUACGCGAGGACACGAUGGCUGAAGUCGACACUGUGUCCCCACAAAGUGUGGAGGAUAGCAAUGAAAUAACUUUCGGAGACACUGAACCAGCUGCAGCUGGGCACAAAGACAUUGAAACAGCCAAAGAAGAAGCUACAGAAACUGAAGAGGUAGAUAUUAAGCCAGCAGAGUUGACUGGAACAGAGGUUCAACCAGGGCAGAACGGAGACGAUUCAACUGUCCCUGCAGCUGAGCCAGCUAAAGAAAAAGGGCAGUGUGUAAUACUUUAAGCACACUACAAAUUCAAACAGGUUUCGAGUCAAGUCAGGGUCUGAAACCAUAGUAGAUGAGGCCUACAAUCAGAUAGUUCAUCAAAGCAUAAAAAAAAUCAAAGUGCAAAAUAUUGCAGAGCUUGGUCUACUUUUUGAAACUUAUUCCCAACCUUAGUCUUAAUGCAUGAGUUUAAACAUCGAAUGGUUUGGUUGAAUAUCCAGGGUGGAUAUUUUUGUCUGUGCAUGAAUCAUAGUGUGUUUGAAGGAAGACGUUUGGGUCAGGAGUGUGCGUAGAAGAGGUGUGAGAGCAUGUGUUGGUGUUGUCGUGGCGUUAGGGUGGAUCUUCAGCUAUAAAUAAGACUCCUGAAUGUUAACUUGACACCUCGUCUCCACCAGGAGUCGGGUCGCCCUCUUCUUGUAAACACUGAAAAUGGUGUGUAAUAAAUGUAAACAUGUGCAAAAUAUCUUUUUGGACACAUGACCUAUACCUUCGUUUAAUACUGACUGAACUAU